AUGGCUCACGGGGACGACUGUUCCUCACAGAAGAAAGACACCAUCACCGUAGGGUCCAUCCUGGGCGUCUCGCUGGUCGCUGUCGCUAUCGCACUGAUCCUAUGGGCGCUAUGGGAGCGCAGGCAGAAGAUACUGUGGUGGCAACGGGCGAUCGGCCUCGCGCCAGAGUGGCCGCCGAAACAUGCAGCAUGGAUGAGGUCGCUGGGCCAGAAUACUAAGAAUUCUAAGCCACCGCCUUGUCCAAUCACUAGAGCUAAGCUUCUUUACGCCGCCCACCAGCAGCAGAAACACGCACAGGAGCAGCAGCCUGCACCGACGUGUGGAACUCGCCAGCCAGAGAUUUCUAGCCCACAGCGUCCACGGGAGAUGCCGGUGCCGGACUUUAUGCCUCCGGCGGCCGAGAUGGACGCAACGUGA